AUGCAUUGUGCGUCUCCCAAAAUGGUUUGCGAGACUAAAAUUGUUGCGGACGAACACGAUGCCAUACCCGGGAGCAAGAAGGAGGCGAUGAUGUGGAGCUCCCACCCGGCCGAGGCCAAGGAGGAGGCGGUGCGGAGGGACGAGGUGUUCAUCCGGGAGUUCGAGCGCGGGGACCAGCGGGAGGUCCACCGCAUCUUCUGCGAGGGCAUCAUGGAGCGGAUCCCCAACACCGCGUUCCGGGGUCUCCGGCAGCAGCCCCGGACCCAGGCUCUGUACGCGCUCCUCACAGUAAUGUGCUUUUUCGUGAGCAAGUCUGUCACGCUGACCUGCUGUGCGCCGCUGGUUCUCAUGGGAGCGCGCUACUUCUACAGCAAGACGGUGAUUCAGAGAUAUCUGGACUGUGCUCUGAACUCGGACAUGGCCGACAUAGAGGAUUAUUACAUGAGAAACACAGGAUCCUGCUUCUGGGUGGCGGUGCUGGACGGACGCGUGGUCGGCAUCGUGGCGGCGCAGGGCCGCGAGGACGACAACACGGUGGAGCUGCAGCGCAUGUCGGUGGACUCGCACUACCGCGGCAAAGGCAUCGCCAAGGCCCUGGGGCGCCGGGUGCUGGAGUUCGCCGUUCGCAACAACUACGCCGCCAUCAUCCUGGGCACGACGGCGGUGAAGCUGGCGGCGCACAAGCUGUACGAGUCGCUGGGCUUCCGUCGGACGGGUCAGAGCGAAGACCACCGGCUCCCGGGGAUGAGCCGCUCGCCGCUGGAGAGGCUGUUCUUCCAGAUCCGCUACAGCCGCUACCGCCUGCAGCUCCGUGAGGACUGA